ACUCGUGAGACGCUUCUGUGUUGAACAGCAACGACAGUUUAGGACGGCGGGAGGGGAGGGAGCAGUUUGUUUUGACAAUACACCGGAGCUCCAGCCGGCGAAUAGCAUCAGUUCGCCCCGAGGGUCAUCGUCAGCGGCGACACCCUCUGCUCCCUCAGCCUGAACCGUUUAAAAAAAUGACUGGAGAGAAGCUCCGCUCCCUGCGUAAGGACCAGAGGCCGAGCAAGGACGAGGAUCUGCUGGAACCGGACGAGGAAGCUGCCACCGGGACCUUCGCUGCCCCCAAGGCGAAUAACAAGAGCAGGGCGAGUAAAAUAUUCAGCAACCAUAAGUUAAUCAAGUCACCGUCCACACAGUCGCAGAAUAAUGGCAACACCAAUAACACUCUGGCAACAUCGGAUGUUAUUGAUGACAACAACAAAAACCCGAUCAUCAAACCGGGGCUGGACUUUCCGGUGCACGAAUGUGUCUUUAAAGGAGAUGUCCGACGGCUGUCUUCGCUCAUCCGGACGCAGAAUAUUGCCCAGAAGGACGUCCAUGGAAACACACCAUUACACCUCGCUGUCAUGAUGGGACACAAAGAAUGUGCCCAUUUGUUACUGGCUCACAAUGCACCCGUGAAGGUGAAGAAUGCUCAGGGAUGGAGCCCCCUUGCAGAGGCCAUUAGCUACGGAGAUCGACAAAUGAUCACAGCAUUGCUGAGGAAGUUGAAGCAGCAGUCCAGGGAGAGCGUAGAAGACAAGAGGCCCAAACUGCUGAAAGCCCUCAAAGAGCUUGGAGACUUUUACCUGGAGCUUCACUGGGACUUCCAGAGUUGGGUGCCUUUGCUGUCCAGAAUCCUUCCAUCAGAUGCGUGCAAGAUUUACAAGCAUGGCAUCAACAUCAGGUUGGACACGACCCUGAUAGACUUUACUGAUAUGAAAUGCCAGCGGGGAGACCUCAGUUUCAUCUUCAACGGCAAUGCUAUCCCCUCUGAGUCAUUUGUUGUUCUGGACAAUGAACAGAAGGUCUACCAGCGAAUACACCAUGAGGAGUCAGAGAUGGAGACCGAAGAGGAGGUGGACAUUUUGAUGAGCAGUGACGUUUACUCUGCCACACUUUCCACCAAGUCCAUCACUUUCUCCAGGGCGCAGACUGGAUGGCUUUUCAGAGAGGACAAGACGGAGCGCGUGGGAAACUUCUUGGCAGAUUUCUAUUCUGUGAACGGCCUGGUGCUGGAGUCCAGAAAGAGACGAGAGCAUUUGAGUGAGGAGGACAUCUUGAGGAAUAAAGCUAUUAUGGAGAGUCUGAGCAAAGGAGGACACCUCAUUGAGCAGAACUUUGAGCCAACGAGAAGGCAGUCUUUAACCCCCCCGUUACCCAACACUAUUUCCUGGGAGGAAUACAUCACUGCAGACAAUGGAAGAGCACCUCAUUUAGGAAGGGAGCUGGUCUGUAAAGAGAGCAAGAAAAACUUCAAAGCCACGAUAGCCAUGAGUCAAGACUUUCCUCUGGGCAUUGAAUCGUUACUGAAUGUCCUGGAGGUGAUUGCACCCUUCAAGCACUUUAAUAAACUCAGGGAGUUUGUUCAGAUGAAGCUCCCCCCUGGCUUUCCUGUCAAACUAGACAUCCCCGUCUUUCCUACUAUUACAGCCACGGUCACGUUUCAGGAGUUUCGCUACGACGAGUUCGAUGAAUCCAUUUUUACCAUUCCCACUGAGUACAAAGAAGACCCAAGCCGCUUCCCGGACCUUUAACCUCUCGCCUUGGUUUUUAAUCCUACAAAACACACCUUUUAUGAAUGGGAACCCCUGUCACCAUGCUCAGACUCUGAACACAGACUGUAGAGCAGCAGGAUGAAAAGACACACAGGAUCAACUCUGCAGAGGAGUUGACCUCAGUCGAUGUGAACAUAAGCUGAGGUGAUUCUUACUCGAACCUCCAAAUCUGACACAGUGAAGCAGGAAGUGUAGGUAACUGAGAUUUUUCAUCAAAGGGCAUUGAAGUGAAAAAAAUAGCAGCAGAGCAGGGGGGGCUUUAUUUAUAAGAGGUAAGAGUAGAAUAAAGAACUACCAGUUCAGUUGAUGCUUUGUAUUUAAAUCUGUGUUGUUUUUAAAGGGAUUGUGUCUAACUGACAUGUAGUGACGCACUGAUAAUACUGUGUGAGAUGCUUUUAUGGGAAGUCUGCUCAGAGUUCAUCUUGGGUUCUUUUAUUAUUUGAGCACAGUGGACAAACUAUCUCGAAAUGCAAAAAACCUUUCAAGUUUUUUUCUGUUUAUUGUUGAUACAAAGAGUAAAAUCAUAUACUGCUGGAACCAGAUAUUUAUAUACAUCAAUAAAAGAAACAUGUUACUGACACUCUCUUCUAGUUUUAGAUCUAGUGGGAUUACCAAAAUUAUUUCUGCAGUUUUGUUUUUCUCUUUUAUUUGUUUUUGGGUUUUUUUCCUUGCAAAAAGUUUCCAUGUAUUAAAACUGUAUGACUUGAGUUAAGCUGGUUUCAAUUGGUGUCUUGCUCACAGGUGAUUGUAGGACAGAAUGGGAAAUGGUCCAUUUGUUCUGGGAUUUACACGCACAUUUCAAACCAAAACACAUACUUGUCUGUAAUUCCCUUCCUAAUUUUAUGUGAUUUUUCAUGAUAUCACACAACAUGGGAUUAGUUUGAGGUGUUGACAUAAAAUACAUUCACAAGUGAGCCUUCAGUUAACUAUUAAAAGCCUAAAAAAGCAUCACCUGGGCUAACCAUAAUUAUUAAAAAGGAAUUGUCGUAUGUAAAUGAUGCAAGUAAUCAAAAUUCAUUCAAUUAAUUUUAUUUGUAUAGCACACUUCAGCAACAAGGCAGUUCAAAGUGCUUUUUUUUAAUAAAAACACAUAAAAAAAAGUCAUAAAAACAAUAUAAUCACUAAUUGAGAACAAAUUCCAGAAGCUGAAUGCUGCUUCUCCAUGUUUGGUUCUGGUUCUGGGGAUGCAGAGCAGAACCAGAACCAGAAGACCAAAGUGGUUUGGAGGGUUGAUAGAGCAACAGCAGAUCUUUAAUGUAUUUUGAUGCUAAGCUGUUCCUUAUUAUUCUGGUGUUUAGCAAAUAGAAAUAUUUUUGCUGUCCUAACUGAUUUAAAACAGAUAUAUUUUUGGGGGGGUCUUUUCAUACAGUGUAUGUAAAUGUCUGGUUUCCACUUGAAAAUUAUUGAAAUGCUUAAUCAAUCACUUCCACCAAUCACUGAUAACAUAUUUACUGGAUCAAAAGACAUGCAAUGGCAAUUGUACAUUUGGGAAAAUAAGUUUAGUUUUUGCUUUUUGUUGUUUUUUAGGUCAAAAUCAGCUUUUUAAAAAAAAUUAUUCCUCCUUUGCACAUGGCAAAAAUGUGUAAUUGUUUGUGUUGAGCAAAGAUUUUCACAAGCAUGGAGUCGUAUCACUCUACACUUGGUCACUAUUGGUCUCUAGGACAGGUCUUCAGUUUAAAGACUCUUGUUUUGUGAGGUCAAACUUCCAGUUUAGCUUGUGAAAGAUGAAAGUUGCAGCCGCAGAUCGUCACGGUACAUCAGUCUCAAUAAGCAGCAGUGAGUCUUAAGUUGUGCUUAUUAAACCUUUUGUUUUUCAUUUCUGUUCAAGCAGAUUCUCUAUGGACAACAGAGAUUUUAAGGUUUUAAUUAUUACAGCAUACCUGCAGAGUUAACACAUAGAGCCAGGGUUUUUUUCUCUGUGCAGUGUAUUUGUUUGGUUUUGGGUGUUGGUUUGUCUUUUUUAAUUCUAUGAACUGACAAGAGAGUAAUUUCAUUUUUUUAUGUAGCAUCCGGGCUUAUCUCAAACUUAUUGGGUUGUAAGUUGUGGUACAUUUUUCUACGUACAUUUGUUUAAAUGAGCAGUAAUCUCUGAAUUGUUUGAUAAUCGUUUGAUAUGUUUGGAAGAAUUUAUUUGAGGUUGUAUUCAAAAAAAACAAAAAAGCACAAAACACCUGGAAAUCAUCUGAAAAGAUGAAACAAAGAAACUGAACUGUUCUUGUUCAUAAAAACUGGCAACUACAGGAUAUUCCUGUUGUACAGGUGGAUCAGUCUUUCAGCAAAUAUUGCUUUUAUUUAGUUCGUUUUCUUUGUUUCAUGACGUUCCAAACUGCUUUAAGUUCAGCUAGUGGAGGUGUGUCUCUUCUUACAUUUCCGUGUUUUAUUUGUUAAUUUCCUGGCUCCACUUGCUCUAAUUUUAAAUGUUUUCUAUAGGCAUUUCUCCAUUAAACUACAUGUCAGUUGUACAGCUAAAAACUUGUAUAAGUCAGCAACACUAUUUUCAUAUAAAAUAUACUAAAAAAUAAAAAUUCCUCAUAUCUGUCUGGA